AUGUCUGUGGUGUGGGUGUUCAAGAACGGGGUGUACCGCCGGGAGAACCCGGCGGGGGAGGCCGCCGACGGGCGGCGGCGGAAGGUUCUGGUGCAUGUGCCGACCAACGAGGUGAUAACGUCGUAUGAGGCACUGGAGGAGAAGCUGGCGGCGCUGGGGUGGGAGCGCUACCUCUUCGACCCCCACCUUCUUCAGUUCCACCAGCGCUCCUCGGUGCAUCUCAUCUCCGUCCCCCGGGACUUCUCCAAGCUUAAAACCAUGCACAUGUACGACAUCGUCGUCAAGACCCGGAAUAUCUUCGAGGUGCGCAACGCCUGA